AUGGCAACUGUUCUGCGAAAAAGUAUUGCAGCAACGAAAGCUGAAAAAGGGCAUUUUGUUGUGUAUACACUUGAUGGCCGACGUUUUGUGUUCCCUUUAACGCACCUGAAGACUUACAUAUUUAGAGAGCUUUUAACCAUGUCCGAAGAAGAGUUUGGAUUACCAAGCAGUGGACCAAUCACAUUCCCAUGUGAUGCAUCAUUCAUGAACGAUGCCGCUAACUUAAUCAAUCAACGUGCUGCACUAGCGAAGGAGAGAGCUUUGCUGCAGUCUUUGAUUACUAAAAGUUGUCAUCCAUCUUUUUAUCUUUCUCAAGAAAGAACAAAGCAGCCUAUGCUUGUUAAAGUUAACUAG